ACAGGGCGUGUAUGAUGCGUCAGUGCAGUAGUACUGGAGUAGUAGUGCUUGUAGUUAGUGCAUGCUGUAUGCUGCCCCUGCUUGCUACUCUCUGCUUUCAGCUACUGCCGUCGGCUAGCCCUCUUUGCAGGGGGUGAAAAGAGGAGCCGAGUGCGUAAGUCUCCUCCUGCUGAUACACAGCCUCUCUACCGCCAAGACUCCUACAGUGCCUCCUCGUGGCCACACACGGUAACUGGUACCUUGCGGUUCCAGGCUAAACUGGUGGAGAUCUCGGAGCAGCAGUGGGCCCCAGUGACACGGUGUGCAGGCCCGCCAGUAUGCGGACACGCCCUGGCACCUGUCAACCACUGUCCCAGCUAUGGGUAAAUAGUGAGCAGAUGGGGCUCUGCCAUGGUAGGCCACCCAUCUAGGAGAAGGUCACUCCGAACAAAAACCACAGGCGUUGCUCGCGCCUGGCUCCGCACCGUAUACCACCUGAAGGUGUGCAGCAAGGGCGGACGAAGGCAUUAAGCCUGAAACGGCCAGAGUAGGGCUGUGAGGAGUUGCGCCCCACAGUCUUUAAUAAUGUGCAAUGUAUAGCUUCCAUGGAGACACAAGACAUCGAUAAUCCUAUACUUCCAGCGGCGGGAGUCCGCAGGAGCCACGCAGCGGACGGUGGUGCUGGUCCUCCUCCGGGGGGACACUAUGACGACUGGACCCCAAACCCUCUCCAACGGGGAGGGAGGGUUCAGUCUGACCACAGCCCAAUGUCCAAUGCACUCUUGCGCUGUAGAAGGCCACUUAUUAUGGCAACCUACAACGCAAACACAGUGAGGGAAGAGGCGAGGUUGGAAGAACUAGCGCACUGUGCCGAGGAUAGGGGAGUGGAGAUCCUGGCAGUCCAGGAGCAUAGGAGAGUACACACAGACCAGACAAUUAACUAUCGCAGAGUGGGGGGACGCACGUUCAUCACCUCAUCUGCAUGGCGUAAUGAUGCCCAGGCAGCAACGGGUGGCGUGGGACUCAUGGUGAGCCCCCGAGCACGAAAGGCCCUCCGUAGGGUGCACCCGCACACCAACAGGAUCCUUAGUGCCGAUUUCGAGGGUAACCCAGUAACAACGGUCAUGAGUGUAUACUCUCCCACCAACGUAGCACCGAUCGAGGAAGUUGAAAAGUUCUACGAUGACCUAAGAACAGCGAUCCACCAUGUGCCGGCUCACAACUUCCUCAUAAUCCUGGGGGACUUCAACGCGAGACUCGGACCGGAAGACGCACCGUUCACGUACCACACCAAUACCAACCGCAACGGAGAACAUCUAGCUGCCCUUCUUACGGAACAUGAACUACUGGCCGCCAACACCUUGUUCCGUAAGAGAAUGGGCAAGAGAUGGACAUUCCAGGACCGAGCCAGCAGUAUGCGACGUCAGCUGGACUACAUACUGGUAAGGAGGAAGUGGAGGAAGUCCAUCCUAAAUGCAGAGUCCUACAGCACGUUCGAUUCUGUAGGCUCCGAUCACCGUGUGGUCGCCACGAGGCUGCGCCUGAGCCUAAGGGUCCCCAAGAGCGCCCCGAGAGCCCGGCCCGACUGGGAGGCCUUCGCGGGAAGCCCUGAACUCCAGGCCAAAUACACAGCGGAGGUGAGAGCCCGCCUACAUCUGGCCGAGGAAGGGGAGCCAACGGCCUACGAGCGGUUCCUAUCCGCCAACGAAGAGGCAACCAGGAAAUGGGUGCCAACAAAGGGGAGACAUAGAGCCUCUCCUAGGUCCAAACACCCGGAGGUUGUGCGAGCGCGGACACUGGUGGAAGAGGCACGCAGAAGCUUUGAGAGAGUGGGGACCGCAGAGAGUAGGGAGGAGCUGAACAGCGCCAAACAGCAGCUGUUCAGCACCUACGACAGGAUCAAAGGGGAAGAAUUGAUGGAGAAGGUGAAGAAGGUGGAGGCAGAACAUGGCAAACAGAGAUACAAGGAGUCAUGGAAGGUCAUAAACGAGAUGAGUGGGCGCAAGAAGACGAGAGAGGGACAGCUAGCAGGCUGCAGCCCAGAGGAGAGAGUGACCUCCUGGUUCACCCACUUCCGGGAUCUCCUAGGCACCCACCCAACAGUGGACGGAGCUGAGGAAGAGAUACCUGCAGUCCUCACAAACCUCAACAUUGACGAUGGCCCCUUUACAGCUACGGAGUUUGCCACAGUGAAGUCCACCCUGAAGCAAGGAAAAAGUGCUGGGCCGGACGGUAUCCCCCCAGAGGUCCCUAAACACUGCGAUCUCGAUAACAUCAUACUGGAGAUCUGCAACCAGGCUCUGAUAGAAAACAUCAAACCCGAUAUAUGGUCCCUCUCUAAUAUCAUCCCGGUGCCCAAGUCUGGAGAUCUGGCUAAGCCGGACAAUUAUCGUGGCAUUAGCCUGACCUGUGUCAUAGCGAAGAUGUACAACCGCAUGAUACUAAACCGGAUUAGGGACGCCAUUGACCCACACCUGAGGGACAACCAAAAUGGCUUCAGAAAGGGAAGGACCACCGUAGGCCAGAUCCUGGCCUUAAGGAGAAUCAUUGAGGAAGUGAAGAGGAACAAUUUGACAGCGGUGCUAUGUUUCAUUGACUUCAAAAAAGCAUUUGACUCAAUAAACAGAAGCAUGAUGCUGAAAAUCCUUAAAGCUUACGGGGUCCCCCCGAAUCUACUCCGGGCCACAGAGGCCAUGUACAAGGGCACAAGAGCCAAGGUGGUAACCCCAGAUGGCAUCAGCGAGGAGUUCGACAUUCUGGCAGGGGUGCAGCAGGGGGAUACUCUUGCCCCCUUCCUCUUUAUCAUAGCCCUUGACUACGCGCUCAGGAAAGCCAUCAACGGGCGGGAGCAGGAGCUGGGCUUCACAAUCACACCAAGGAAGUCUAGAAGAAGCCCUGCUGUAGCCCUGGCAGACCUAGACUACGCAGAUGACAUCUGCCUGGUGUCUGACCGCGUGGAGCAGGCACAGGAACUCCUGAACAGAGUAGAGGUGGAAUGUGCUAAGGUUGGCCUCAGACUGAACAUAAAGAAGACUAAGGUAAUCACCUAUAACAUCUGCACAGACCAUCUGCCGAUUACAACAUCAGAAGGCAGCUCUUUGCAAGAGGUCAAUGACUUCAAGUACCUGGGUUCCUGGGUAAACUCCACAGAACAAGACCUUAAGGUCAGGAAGGCAAUGGCGUGGAGAGCCCUGAAUGUUAUGUCAAGCGUGUGGCGCUCAAAUCUUCCCCGUCGCAUAAAGCUGAGCCUAUUUCAUGCCACUGUGGAGUCCGUCCUCCUGUAUGGCUGCGAAAGCUGGACCCUGACGCCCACCCUGCAGAAGUCCUUGGAUGGGUGCUACACCAGGAUGCUACGAGCAGUGCUGAAUGUAGACCAGAAUGCCCACAUUACCAACAAGGAUCUGUACGGGCGGCUGCCGAGGCUCAGCCAGAAGGUAGCAUCCAGGAGGAUGAAGCUGGCCGGCCACUGCCACAGACAUCGGGAGCUCCCGGCCAGCAGGCUGGUCCUGUGGGAACCAACGCGCGGGCAUCGAUCGCGAGGACGUUCCGCGCUAACGUACGUGGACGUGCUUAAGAAAGAUGCGGGAGCUGAAAGUUCUUCGGAGCUGGCCGGGUGUAUGGAGAACCGAGAGGAUUGGAGACUCCGAUGGAAGCUCGUCUGAGGACGACCGAGAG